UCCCAUACGACGUUUUGCGUCGCGGUCCCAGAUACCUCACCUUUGCUUGCGGCUGUCUGGCCCGCUCGUCGCCCGCUGGGAGCGUGGUGGAGCCCUGUGUUGGGCGCCCUGCCCCGCCCCGCCCCGCGUAGGCUGGGGUAAAGGCCGCCGCGGGGACAUGUCGUGCCCCUUUCAGCGAGGGCAGGAGAGCGUGAAAGGCAGCGGGACUGCCAGAGAGCGAAAUGUCAUCAGUGGAAUCACACCAGGAACAGGUCACCCAGUUAGAUCCAUCCCCAUCACCAAACUCAUGUAGUUCCUUUGAGCUAAUAGACAUGGAUGCUGGCAGUUUGUAUGAACCAGUUUCUCCUCAUUGGUUUUAUUGUAAAAUAAUAGAUUCUAAAGAGACAUGGAUUCCUUUCAAUUCUGAGGAUUCACAGCAGCUGGAAGAGGCAUAUGGCUCUGGAAAAGAUUGUAAUGGGAGAGUUGUUCCCACUGAUGGGGGCCGAUAUGAUGUUCAUUUGGGGGAGAGGAUGCGGUAUGCUGUAUACUGGGAUGAGCUAGCAUCAGAAGUAAGACGAUGUACUUGGUUUUACAAGGGAGACAAAGAUAAUAAGUAUGUUCCCUAUGCGGAGAGCUUCAGCCAAGUAUUAGAGGAAACUUACAUGCUUGCUGUAACUCUGGAUGAAUGGAAAAAGAAACUGGAGUCUCCCAACAGAGAAAUUAUUAUAUUACACAAUCCAAAGCUUAUGGUACAUUACCAGCCAGUUGCAGGGUCUGAUGAGUGGGGUUCAACACCCACUGAGCAGGGUCGACCAAGAACAGUGAAAAGAGGAGUUGAGAACAUCUCUGUUGACAUCCAUUGUGGGGAACCUUUACAAAUAGACCACUUGGUUUUUGUAGUCCAUGGGAUUGGACCAGCUUGUGAUCUCCGCUUUCGAAGCAUUGUACAGUGUGUUAAUGACUUUCGCAGUGUUUCCUUGAACAUGCUACAAACACAUUUUAAGAGAGCCCAAGAAAAUCAGCAGAUUGGAAGGGUAGAAUUUCUUCCAGUCAACUGGCACAGUCCUUUACAUUCUACUGGUGUGGAUGUAGAUCUACAGCGAAUAACCCUGCCCAGCAUUAACCGCCUAAGGCACUUCACCAAUGACACAAUUCUGGAUGUCUUCUUCUACAAUAGCCCCACCUACUGUCAGACUAUUGUGGACACAGUUGCUUCUGAAAUGAACAGAAUAUAUACACUUUUUCUGCAGAGGAACCCUGAUUUCAAAGGGGGUGUAUCCAUUGCUGGUCAUAGUUUAGGUUCGCUUAUAUUGUUUGAUAUCCUAACAAAUCAGAAAGAUUCUUUGGGGGAUAUUGACAGUGAAAAGGAUUCGCCAGAUAUUGUUAUGGAUCAAGGAGACGCACCAACGCUAGAAGAAGAUCUGAAGAAACUUCAACUCUCUGAAUUCUUUAGUAUCUUUGAGAAGGAGAAAGUAGAUAAGGAAGCUCUGGCCUUAUGUACAGACAAAGAUCUUCAGGAAAUGGGAAUUCCCUUAGGACCAAGAAAGAAGAUAUUAAACUACUUUAGGACCAGAAAAAAUUCAAAGGGUAUUGAUAGAUCAAGUCCGCAGUCAGCUUCAGGGGCGAAUAUGUGUAAUAUCCCCAAAGAAGCGGAGUUCUGCAGUAGUGCUGAUGGAGCUGGGAGUGAUGCUUAUCUGGAUGUUGGCAUCGGGCAGGUGUCUGUAAAAUACCCCCGGCUCAUCUAUAAACCAGAAAUAUUCUUUGCCUUUGGAUCUCCCAUUGGAAUGUUCCUUACCGUCCGAGGACUAAAAAGAAUUGAUCCCAACUACAAAUUUCCAACAUGCAAAGGUUUCUUCAAUAUUUAUCAUCCUUUUGAUCCUGUGGCCUAUAGGAUUGAACCAAUGGUGGUCCCAGGAGUGGAAUUUGAGCCAAUGCUGAUUCCACAUCAUAAAGGCAGGAAGCGGAUGCACUUAGAACUGAGAGAAGGCUUGACCAGGAUGAGUAUGGACCUUAAGAACAACUUGCUAGGUUCGCUGCGGAUGGCCUGGAAGUCUUUCACCAGAGCGCAGUACCCUGCUUUACAAGCUUCAGAGACUGCAGAAGAAGCUGAAGCAGAACCUGAAUCAAGUUCAGAGGAGCCUAGUGAUGUUACCACAGAAGAGACCUCAGUGGCAGUGAAGGAGGAAGAGCCCCCCAUCAAUGUGGGGAUGCUGAACGGAGGCCAGCGCAUUGACUACGUGCUGCAGGAGAAGCCCAUUGAAAGUUUCAAUGAAUAUUUAUUUGCUUUACAAAGCCAUCUGUGCUACUGGGAGUCUGAAGAUACAGUAUUGCUGGUCCUCAAAGAGAUCUACCAAACCCAGGGUAUCUUCCUUGAUCAGCCUUUACAGUAAAAAUGAAUCAGCUUUGGCUGCUUAAUAUGGACUUUGAGGGGUCCUUCCCCAGAAAAUCCACCUAUUUGUUGCUGCGGUUCUCUUCUCAGCUGCGUCAUUUCUUGCAUGUUGCCUGCCACUUACCAUUGGGGUCUUUGGAAGAUAAUCUAUUUUGGAAGUGAGUGGAAAAGCAAAGGGAAGACACCCGAUUACUUUUUACCACUGGCUUCAUAUAAACACUUGCCAUUUUUUUCUUCUUCGCACCUUUAAUUCUUUGAUGAUAGUAUUAUAGGUAUCACACUUUAUUGCUUAUUACAUGAAAUGGUAUAAAGUCUGUUUUGAGUUCGGUAUGUUUUGGGUUGGUAGAAAUUUUUUCCAGAGAAUAAGUGUUCUAGUUUGGAAGCAAGACUGUUGAGAUCAGAAGGCAUUUGGGGUACACUCCUCUCUCAUUAGUGUUCUCUGCAUUUGAAAGCUAAGUGUAAGUGGAUAUGGAAAAGAUUGUUGGGCAGUCAAAAUCUUUUGAGCCAUCUUUUCUUUCCUACAAGUCCUAUGUGAAGAAAAACUAAAAUGUAGCUUAACGACAGUGUUGUUUACUUUCUACAUCUGACGGACAGAUUUAUUGCUAGGAAUCACUGAUGCUGUUCACUGUUUUCACAGUUGUUUGAGCUCCUUGGAGAGUCUAAAAUGGACAGUUUAGAUCACAUUAGGUGCACCUUUGUAAAGCAAAUAUGUUAUACGUGCUAGACCCGCCCUUUUAUAUCAUACUUCAAAUUGGGAGACUUGGGAUGAGGUCUGACUUAAUUGUUUGAUAGCAGCUUCUGUUCUCACAUUGAGGGGGAAGCUGUAAAGGCUGACAAACCUAAUUACACAGCCCUGACAGACUGCUUAGCUUAUAAAUAAAAUCAGUCAGUGGUGUGUUUAUGGUGAAAUAGAAUUUGUGUAAGUCACCUGUCAUAUCUACUUGGGUGAAAGUAGUAUUGUGUGUCCUCUUUAAAAACACUCUGUAAAUAUCACUGCCUUCUUAGGUACCCAUAAUCCAGAAUGCUUAUUUAAAAGGCUCCCGGCACCGCCAGUGUUGGUUGAGCAGGUAGGUUUGGCUCAGGGGAUGUUUCUUAUUCUGAAAGAAAACCCUAUGGCCAACAAUUCUAUAUGGGCCAAGGACCAGCUACUGCAGAGUCAGUGUCAGAACAUACAAAGUGGGCUGGACCGUGACAAAGACAGGUGAAUAUAGGCUAAUUGUUCCCAAGGCAUCUGCUCACUCCUGUGCUAUAGGUAUUUCCUUGCGCAUUGGUCAGUUGGUCCUCGUCUUUGCAGUUCUCUUUGUGAUACACUCCUCUCCGAUUCCUACAGGCCAUUGUUUAUAGAGUGGCAGAGGCAGGCCAGCUGUGUUUUAUUUCUUAUAAAUAUUUUUGUAAAUGUAUCAUGGUACCCAAAGCACUGGCAUUUAAUAUUCACUUAUGCUAUCCCUGCGACAGCAGUGGUCUUUAUACCUUUCUGGAGAGAAAAGGAACGGGAAGGUUAUUUAUUGUCACCCCAGAGAUAGUAGAGGAAAGGAUGGGGUAUAAGUCAGAGCCUGGCCUUUCCUUGUCCAGCUGCUUAUAGACUAUUGAAAAGAUGUUUCAGAUAUAUGGAAUACUUUAUUUUCUUUACUACAUAAAUUCUGAGUUUGAAGUAAGGGUUACUGAGAAUUAAGUAGCAUUUAAUAUGUAUUAAAGGGAAAGCUUUUGUUAAGUUGUCAUCUUCAAAUUUAAAUUCAUUCUUCCUGUUAGCAGACUUGGUACUAUUUUGGAGUAAACCGAAGGACAAGCAAGAGUGAGUCCUUGUAACCAAAGAUGAACAGCAUAAUUUUGGAUAGCUAGAUAAACCACUGCUUAUAUUAAGAAAUGUUUCUUUCCUGGUAGUGAGGAGCAGGUAACUGUAAAAGAGCUUUAUAUCUUGUCUAUUCACCUGUGGUAUUAUCAUGGUUGUAUAUUACACAGGGUAAUAAGCUUGAUUUAAAUCCUUUAUUUAGUUGUAUGUUAUUUGCACUAUUUCAGUCGUAUCAUGUACAAUCUCUUGACCAAGCCUAUUUUUUAACUCUGGUAGAGUAUCAUUUUAUACAUAUUCCCAACUGCAGAAUUGGUAUUGCUUAUCUAAGCAAAAGAGAUUGUUUGCAU